CUCCGCGCGUUGUGUGGUGGGUGCUGAUGGGAAUCACCCUCUGGUUGCUGCGUUUCGAUGGAGGAUCUUCUGGGCACUGGUGUUGUGCACUUGCCUCCUGCCACUAAUUGCUCUGGUACCCUGUCCGCCCUCUCUCAACGUGUGAGGCUUCCCUUGAGCACACGGCCGUAGGAUCCCUCUCCCUCUUGUCCACCUUGAGUACAUGGAUGAGGAGGAGGCCCUGUUCCUUGAAUCACUAUUACCCCUGUUGUCCACCCUUCUUUCUGCACAAUCACCAAGACGUCGUUGUUGGACUGUUAUACCCCGCUCCGUUACUCUUGAGGACCUCUUCUGUUCUCUCUCUCCCUUUGUGAGAUGAAUAGUAAAGAGGUGUCGGACUCUGAUCUGAGCCUAUACUUUCCUCCUCUCGCAGCUCGCGCUCGGUUUCUCUUGACGUUCUGUUCCCACUCCCCUGAAACUCCUUUCAGCUUAACCCUUAUUCCUUUUUCUGAACUCAUAAGUCAUCUUAACAGUGUGUUUUGGACCCUGGACCUCUGGUUGUCCCGUCAAGUCAAGAACAACCAUCUGAUAUGCUGCGAUAUGCGAAACGUGUUGUUGCUGGAGAAUCAGUAACGCCGUUGUUGCUGUCAUCGGCUCGGUGAUGCGAGAGAGAGAGAUGUUGUCGUCCUUGCGAGUCGCGGGCUGAGUGCGAGAGCGCGGGGCGACCAAUCAUUUAGGACGGAAUUUCAUUCAUCUCAAGCUCUGAGAUUUUUGUUGGCUCUGUUAAUUUGUGUUGUAUGUUGUCUGUGGGCCACGAACGGCAAAUAGAGACGAGAAUGUGUGUGGGUAUGCCGUAUGUGUGUGUGUGUGUGUGUGUGUGNGAGAGAGAGAGAGAGAGAGAGAGAGAGAGAGAGAGAGAGAGAGAGAGAGAGAGAGAGAGAGAGAGAGAGAGAGAAUUGUUGUGGUUGUGAUCGUAGGCGUUCGCAAAGUAGAUACGUAACGUUUUACAGUUGCCUUCUACCAUCGUAGGCGAUGGUGAGUUUUCUGGGUUGGUUGAGUUGGACCGGGGCUGAAUGUUGCUGCCUCCUUGUGUUUUGAUUGUUGUGGAGCAUUAGUCCACGGGCAAGGUUGUUACCCUCUGCUGGUGGUAAUUGUGUAAGAGUAGAUCUGUCUGAGAAGGCCCCGAAAAGGAGCUGGCGUUUUCACGUCCUGACCACUUUUCUUCACCCCCUUUCAUCCUUUAGGAGCAGCCGAGGCUAAGGGGCCCCCUGUUUUCGUAGUGGCAUGUCACAGACUCUCCGCUUACUGGUGACGACGUCUAUGCACUGGCGUUCUGGUGGCACCGCAGCCACUUUCGCUGACUUCUUAGCUAGUGGUGUGAAGAUCUGUCUGUCUUAAAUGAGCAUCUCGAACUACUUCUGGACCAUUCUCGUUUAUAAUUCUUGAUUCUUGGUUGGAGAACUGUGUUUCUUGAAAGGUUGCCGUUCCGAUUCCGUCGGCUUGACAUCGGCAUUUUCCGAGGACCACAUCCUCUCUCUCUCUCUCUCUCUCUCUCUCUCUCUCUCUCUCUCUCUCUCUCUCUCUCUCUCUGUGUGUGUGUGUGUGUGUGUGUGUGUGUCUUCACCCCUUGUGUGUGUGCUUCUUUCUGUCCGUCUCUGCCUGCGAUGUCCACCUAUUUUCCCGCCCAUCUUGAAUGGCUUCAGCAGUGGCUGCGCGUGGUUGAUCAUCGUGCGUGUUUGGUGGACUGUUCCUCACUGAAGAACGGAGCUCUGGCAUACUUGCGCUGUCAAAUGUGCCUUCUGUUUUUGGUCCUAUAUGCUACCUUUCCGUGGGAGCUAGCCAAAGCUGGUUUCAAACAAGAGGCAUGGGGGUUCGCUGCACCACUCAGUCCCAACUUACAGUAUGUGUUGAGCGCCCAACGACCAAUCAACGACGAGCACACUGGCCAAGUUCGUGUAACUGCCGACGUAGCCUCCCGGUCGUAGAGCUCUGUUCGAGUUCGGUGGAGUGGCGCACAAUCCACAUUGUGAAUGAAUCUGGUCUUUACUU